AUGAACAUACUACGACAAACUAAAGCUAUCAAAGAUAUAUCUUUAUUGGAAAAGCCUAUAAAUGCAUUCAUACGAAGAGUUGGUCAAGAACAAUCCAAAAACUCAGGACCUUUACUUAAAUGCAUCGAUUCAUUAAUCAAUCAAAAUCAAUCAAAACUAAUUGAAAGAUUCAAGCUACAUAAUAUUGAUGAUGAAUUUGAACUAAAACAACAACUAUGGGAUAACUUAAAAACUCGAAGAACCGAUCUAGAUCCAAAAUUGAUCAAAAGACUAAAACAUCAACCUCCUACUGAUAUCCAAUUCACAACAGAAUAUAAUAAAUUCAUUAAAGAACUAUACCCACUAAAUAAUAAGCCAUUCAAAUCCCAAGUCAGGUUUUUUGAUCUCGAAAGCAACCAUAAAAAAUACGAUAAUAUCAAUCACGAAAAAUUAUUUAAAAAAUAUUUGGAAUUACCAAAACCUGCACCACAAUAUCUACCACCAUCAAUUUUAAAAGAUUUUAUAUCAAAAUUCGUCUUAAACAAUCGUCAUUUUGCGAAUAGGAAUAUACUAGAAGGAAGCAUCAUUAGUAGCAACAAAGCAGGGUUAAUUAAAUCAAUGCGAAAUGAAAUCAAUAGAAGAAAAGAAUAUCAUGAUAUGUGUUUAAAAGUAUUAAAUGAUUCAAAAAAAGCUGGAUUUGACGCUACAGAACAAGAACAAAUUAGAAUUAUUUAUUUGUCUUUUUUCAAAGAUAGACAAGACUUGGUUGGUGAUUUAGAGGGAGAAAAUCUUUACAAUGAAUUCACGAUGGCUAAUUAUCAACUGAUUUUGCAAACUUUUGGAAGACGAAGUGAUUUAUUAGGUAUAUUACUAUUUUUAGCUAUACGGCAUGAUAAGUUUGAAAUAAUAGCAGACGUACUUCCCCAAGUUGGACUAGGUCACAUUAUAGGAUUAGAAGAUGUUGAUAAUUUCAAACUCAUAGAUAUAUCCUUAAUUAAUUUACUUGAUUAUUUCACAACUCACAUAGAUAGACCAAAUCAUUUCAAAUACCUUUCAAAUACAAUUGAACAAAUUAUCAAAUUACCAGUUAUAACUAAUGAAAUAGUUGAUCAAACAAUCAAGCUCUUGAUGAAUUUUGGAUUAAUUAAACAUGCUGAGAUUUUAUUUGAGACAGCGUAUUUUAGAUACCCUGGCGAAUCAUCCAAUAUAAUAUCGGAAUGGCUAUACAUUUUCACAAAAUUAAAAGCAAUCAAUAAUGACAACUCCACUUUUUAUAAAUUGUCACCUACUCAUUCUUCAUUUCUACAUUUAAUAAAAGGUUAUUCCAUGGACCAACCAUUUGAUAAAAUUGAGCAACUAAUGUAUAUAAUGAAUAAUAUGUCAUCACAAAGAUCAAGCACUACAAUGUAUAUAGAGAUAUUCAAGGGUUUGAAGCAUAGAGAUGAUUGGAAAUUGUAUGAGUUAAGAAGUUCAUUGAAGUUAUUGGUAAAUGAUCUCAAUUACAAGAAUAAUGCUGAAGUUGUUACAGACAAUUCAAAUUCGGGAUUAAGAAUAAGUAAUUUGCUAAUGGAAUUAGUAUUUACAGUCAGUGUUGAUAAAUUGCAUUUAGAGGGUGAUUCAACCAAUAAUAUUGAUCAAUUAAAUAAAUUAAAAUUGAAGUGGCAAGAAAUGGUAAAAGAGAGAAAAAUUGGUGCUUUUGAAGCCGAAAGAAUAGCUUAUAUUAAUGACGGAUUUCUACUUGAAGUUUAUAAUAUUUUAGUAAAUUAA